GAGCAACCGAAGACCGUGUAUUUGAUCGCCACUAGCAGAAACGCGUUACGAAGUGCGCGUGACUGCGUACAGAGUUUGACGUUUCUCUUGGACCCGUUCGUGUUCGACGAAAACAGCGGACCAUCAAAAGGUGUUUCCAGGUUUCAACGUUUCUGGUUGUACGAUUAUAUGUAUAAUGACCGUUGAUUAUACGAGGAAUUUGCUGAAAACCGUUCAUCGGGAUAUCCUUCCACCCGAGCCGGGUCAGAGUUUUUUGAUCCAAGGCGAUUACGAAUAUUGGCACUACGGGUGCGAUGGCUUUAACGAUAAGGGAUGGGGGUGCGGAUAUAGAACGCUUCAAACGAUCUGUUCGUGGAUCAUAAAGAACAGGAACUUGGAGCAAUCUGUUCCUAGCAUCAGAAGCAUACAGGAAAUUCUUGUCGCAUUGGAGGACAAGGAGAGGUCCUUCAUCGGUUCAAGGGAGUGGAUAGGAAGUUUCGAAGUAUGCCUCGUGCUGAAUCACUUGUACGACGUUCUCAGUAAGAUCGUUCACGUCCCAAGUGGCAAAACGUUAUCAGACCAGAUACCCGCUAUCAAAGGACACUUCGAGGAAUUCGGUAGCCCCCUGAUGAUGGGUGGUGACCGAGAUUGUUCUAGCAAAUGCGUUGUGGGAGUUCACCAAGCCGCGAAGAACACCUACCUGCUGAUCGUGGAUCCACAUUUCGUCGGCACAGCGAAAACCAUCGAACAGUUGGAAAACUACCAUUGGGUGAAAUGGCAAAACCUGAAAAACUUCGUCGACAGUUCAUUCUACAACCUCUGUUUGCCUCAAGUUAAAUGUAUAGCAACGACUAACAAAUAAUAAUAAAAUAAUACGAAUACAUACGAUUUC